AUGCCCUGGCGGCCUCUGCCUCGAAUUGCCUUCGCCGUUGCCAUCUACCCGUUCCAGCCGUCGACCCCCGCCGACUUACCGCUAGAGCUAGGCGAUGAACUGUAUAUCAUUGAGCAGGGGGGUGUGAAUGGGGAAUGGUGUCGUGGCUACCUGGUUGCUCCGCCCUCGUUGUUGGCGGGCUUGACGAGCACCAAGGGCCAAACACUGGAGGCGAGGGUGUUCUCCGGCAUCUUCCCUCGCAAUUGCGUGGAGAUACGGGAAGUCUUGGACAAUACGGAUGGACAGAAAGCGCUGACGAACGGAGACCGGUGGAGCGUCGACCGCGGCGAUAGCUUGGGGACCGACGCAAGGAGCAGCGUGGCUUACUCGCAGGAUGACGAACACUUGGCCGGCGAGGUGUCGGACGUCAUCAUCGCGAAGAAGGGGAAACCGUCGCAGAUCUUCAUCCACCGGCUCGACGACGGCCAGACCAGCCCGGUCUCCGUCAGCCAUGUCCUCCGGUCGUCCUCGCUGCCCCUGACCCCUCUGACCCUGACCCCCGUGCGUGACCCGAAUGCACCCAAGCCGGCCGCCCCCGUGCCGAUGCUCAAGAUCGGUGACGAGACGCCCACCUCGCUGUCCGAGCCAUUGAUCGACGAGAUCGCCUCAUGUCUGCGCGAAUGGCACUCCACCAACCUCCACGAACUGUUGCUGGCUCGCCAGUACGAUGUGGUUGCGAAGAUGUCAACCCUCGCUCAGGAGCUGGAUUGUGCACGGAGACAGCUCUUGCACAAUGUGCUGACGGCUCAGGAGAAGGAAGUCCUGCGCCAUGAGGUGGUUUGGAAGCUGGUCCGUGGGAACAAGAUGCUGGGUGGAGACGUGAUUGUCCGAGACCCUGACCAAGGGGGUCGCUUACUGACCGGCGAGGACUCGGCUGUCCAACUGACCAAGCUCCAGUCCGAGAUGAGCAUGCUGGAGGAAAGUCCCACGCAGCACUCCGAGGCCGCGACCCUCCAUCAUCUGCUUCUGGAGGUCAAUGCUGUCUCGGGCAACGCCCCCGGCCCCGUCGUGCUCGCCGUCCACCUCUGCUCUCAGUCUGAUAACGGCACCAUCAUCAAGCCUCUGUCGGAGACGUAUCUGUUGGAUAUCCCGUCGCCUGAGUCCUUUGCUAGCAUGGGCCUGAGCAGCAAGCUGAAAACCCUGUUUACAGAUCUGUCCGCCACGGAUAUCGGCGAGGGCUCGGCCAACGGCCCCAAGCUGUACCUGAUGGUGGAGGUGCGAGCGCCGGAAACACCCAUCACCGGCGCCCCUCUGCAGUCCAGGCCAUCCUUGUCGCGAGGCAGUUCUUCGGCGGUCAAGUCACCCGCGUCCGCCCACCAGGCGGGCAAGAGCAGCCUUCGAACGCGCCGCAGCAUGAUCUGGAGCUCGAAGCCUCGAGGCAUCCAGAGUCCCGAGCAGGGGAAGGAAUCCGCUAUAGGGCCACCACCUCAAUCGGCCGACAGUACCGCCAGCAAUCGAGACCGGACCAACAGCCAACCGACCAAACCUCCAGCGACCCUGCGCACCCUCGGAGUCGGCCUUCUGGAAGUGUCGCAUAUCCUUCGACAGGAGAAGGAUACCGAACAGAUUGUCAACAUCUGGUCUCCUUCGGCGGAGGGUGAGGAAGGGGUUGCACAGGUGGAUGGAUUUGAUGGAUUGAUUCGGACACUGCUCCCCAGCGCAACCGGCCAGUAUGUGAGAUCCGACCGUGCAGCGCGAAUACAUCUCCAUCUGUAUCCCUUUGUAGACUGCGAUUCCGAUGUGCUGGUGCGCAAAAACCCCACCAUCAUGCACAAUGUCAUGCAGACGAAGAGGAUCGGUUUCUCUCAGGCGCCAACGAAGCCGCGAUCCGACAUCUACAUCACCGUCUCUCAUGCCACUUUCCCACCGGAGGCUCUUCUAUCACAUCCCCAGGCUGGUCAGCUUCCGGUUCCGACCAACACGGGCCUUCGCAAUCUCCAAUUGACUCUGGAAGUGCGCACCGCCAGUGGCGCCCGGGUAGAGAAAUGUGUGUUCCCCUCGUCCAACAAUAUAGCACAGACGGCAUGGCGCACCACGAUCACCGAACGGGGCGUACCGUGGAACCAGACCAUCCGUCUGAAUGUGCCUACGGAUGAGAUUCCCGGGUCUCAUCUGAUCAUGAGCAUCGCCGACGCGCCCGAGUUCCCGUUUGCCCUGGCUUGGAUGCCUUUGUGGGACAGCCAGGCCUUCAUACGAGAUGGUCCGCACUCCCUGCUUCUGCAUGCCUACGACAAGCACACCUCCAACAUCGAGAAUGGAAAGGGCGCCUAUCUGUCGCUCCCAUGGAGCUCACUCGGCAAAAACGAAUCGGCCAAAGACGAAGCCAUUACAGGGCCACUGGCCACCUUACGCCUCGAGACCUACCUUUGCAGCACCGAAUACUCACAGGAUCAGGUGAUCCUAAGCCUGCUCAACUGGAGAGAACGCCCCGUGGAUGAGGUGCUGGACACUCUGAAGAGGGUCCACUUUGUGCCAGAGAUUGAGAUCGUCAAGCAGCUCCGCAAUGUGUUCGACGCACUGUUUGGAAUCCUGGUGGAAAACGCGGGAAAUGAGGAAUAUGAAGAUCUGAUCUUCCAGGAUCUCGUGACAGUGCUCGGCAUCGUUCAUGAUCGUCGGUUCAACCUUGGUCCGCUGGUUGACAACUAUGCCGACACACAAUUCAACUUCCCCUUUGCGACACCCUGCUUGAUUCGAAGCUAUCUCCGCCUCCUCCAAGCCAGUGCGGAUGUCCAGCAGUCGCGUCACUUGCGCGCCACAUUCAAGGUCGGGCGCCAUGUGCUCAAGUUCAUCAUCAACGCUCGGCAGCAGCAGAAGGCCAAAGAGGAAGGCAUCGGCAUCACUCGGGUCCAGUCCACCUUCAACCGGGACUUGCAUACCAUCUUCAAGUCGCUGGAAGUUCUCAUGAGAAAUCCGUCGCCCGCCAUGGUCGGAAGCAAAACACUUGUUGUCCAGCAUUUUCAUACGUGGCUGCCUGAACUAUCCAAGGUCAUUGGGCGGGACGAGAUCAUCAUGAUCGCCCUCAGCUUCAUGGACUCAUGCAGCGAUGUCAAAGGCCUCUUGGUCCUGUAUAAGCUGGUCUUGAUCCGGCACUACACACAGCUCGAGAUUUUCGAUUCCGGUCAGGAGAGACGAAGCCUGGUUUCGAGUUGCAUUGGCUGGCUGGAACCCUACUGGGGAGCCACGGGGGCCGUUUCGGAUCAGUAUCGAGAUCAAGUCCGCUUGAGCUGCGCGAUUGUGGCGCAGCUGUUGAAGCAGCCCAAUCCGUAUCUAUACCAUUUCAUGCCGAAAAUCGUCUCGUCGUACUACUCCAUCAUCCCAGACGGUGUGGAGGAGACUGACUAUCUUUCUCUUCUUUUCAGCAAGUCCUUCCCCUUCCAAGUCAAAGCUUGUAAGACCAGUCAGAGGUUCGACGAGGCACUGGUGGAGCUCUCCGCGAUUAUGGCCGCGACAGCAGCGAUUCCCAACCCCAAGAAGCCACCGCUCAAGGGGCUGGACCUUUCCACGUUCAUCACACAAGCCCUGGAGGUCCACAAUUCCAUCCUGAACUGCGAAGCUUAUCCCGAGAGCUGGCUCAGUGUUCAUGUUUACAAUCAUCGGGCGACCGUGAAAAGCCUGGAGUAUCUCGCCACCCUCAUGACUAGCAAGUUUCUGCCUGCGCCGGAGGAUGCAGAGAGCUUUGAUACCAGGCUGUGGGAGAGUUUCUUCAUGACUUUGCUGAAGGUCGUGUCCAGCGAUGCAUUGGCUUUGGAAACGUUUCCGGAGCAGAGACGACGGGCCAUCUGGAAGAUCGCGGGCGACGUUCGCGAGCACGGGGCCGAGCUUCUGCGCUCCAGCUGGGAAGCCAUCGGCUGGGAUACAACAGAUGAUGAUAGGGAGCGCUAUGGCCUGAGGAAGCUCGGCGGUUAUCAGGUCCAAUAUGUGCCUGGUCUUCUGGCUCCCAUCAUUGGGCUCUGCCUCAGCGUCCAUGAGGGGCUACGACACGUCGCGGUGGAGAUCCUACGCACAAUGAUCCUAAGUGAAUGGGGCCUGAAUCAGGAACUUUCUGUCAUCGAAACGGAGAUCAUCUCCAGUCUGGAUAACCUGUUCAAGACCAAGAAGAUGAAUGAAAGUAUCAUCCAGAAGCUCUUCGUAGGCGAACUCCUCGAGUAUUUUGAAGGCUGCGCUGCCUUUGAUGAGGAUCUGUCCGAGGCCGUCAAUGGCCUCAUUGCGACGGUCGAUGAGCUACUGGACCUGUUCGUCGCCUCCCAGAGUGGAUCCAUGGCCGAGAGUAUGCACACGCUGAGACUGAUUGAAUACAUGAAGGACAUGGGCCGCGAGGAUAUCUUCGUCCGCUACGUCCAUGAGCUAGCGAACCUGCAGGCUGCUGCAGGGAAUUACACAGAAGCUGGUCUUGCUCUUCAGCUGCACGCGGACCUCUAUGGUUGGGAUCCGCGACUAGCCUUGCCCGAAGUGCUCAAUCCGGCGUUCCCGGAGCAGACGUGCUUUGAGCGGAAGGAGUCUCUAUACUUUUCUAUUAUCCAGUAUUUCGAAGACGCACGGGCCUGGGCUCAUGCGCUUGUGUGCUACAAGGAGCUUGCCGAACAGUACGAGCACACGGUGAUGGAUUUUGCUAAGCUCUCGCGAGCACAGAGCUCCAUGGCGAAGAUCCAUGAAUCCAUUGCCAAGGAGGAGAAGCAAUUCCCUCGUUACUUCCGCGUGGUCUACAAGGGCCUUGGGUUCCCCGCGACGUUACGGGAUAAGGAGUUCAUCUUUGAGGGGUUCCCCCACGAACGGAUGGCCACGUUUGUCGAUCGCCUGCAGAGAGAGCAUCCCUCGGCCCAGAUAGUCUCGUCCGGGGAGAUCCAGGACUAUGAGGGGCAGUUCUUGCACAUUACUCCGGUCAGUGCUCACCGGGACAUGACGCAUCCGGUCUUUCAGCGGUCAAAGGUGCCGCAGUCUGUCCGCGACCAUCUCAUGAUCUCGGAGCCUUGCCGAUUCUCGUCGACUUUGAAGAGACAUGUGCGUACCGGACAUGUGCAGGAGCAGUGGGUGGAGAAGUCUCUGUAUACCACCGCGGAGGCGUUUCCUAAUAUCCUACGCAGAAGUGAGAUUGUCGCCGUGGAGGCCGUCGCGUUGUCGCCACUCCAGACGGCCAUCGAACGGACAUGGCGGAAGACCCAGGAACUGUCGCUGCUCCAGCGGCGAGCUGCCUCUGGGGAGGAUACGGGCUUGUCCGGUUUGACGGAGGCGCUACAGCAGUUGCUUGACAUGGCCUCUCCGUCGCCAAGUUGCGUGGCCCAUUACCGCCAGUUCCUCUCUGGCGACGAGGGCAAAGGCGAAGGUGAAGACGAGGACGGAGAGUCUGAGAAGCCCGUGGAGAUAGUCGAUCCGAUGAAGAAUGCCUUGGCCGUAGCUCUGGUCGAUCAUGCCCUGGCCAUCAAGCAUGCUCUCGCGCUGUACUCGCGACCAGCGCACCAGGCCACCCAGGCCGAGCUCCUGCGGCAAUUUGAAGAGGCAUUCGCGCCAGAGCUGGCCUCGCUCAGUCCCAUGGUGGUGGACACGCCCCAGACGACGGCGUGCCAGUCUCCCAGCCUAGUAGACAGCCGUCAGAGGUACGCGCUGCAGCGGUCGAUUAGCCCGGAGCAGGAGCUGAUGCGUUCCUCGUGCAAGCACGCUCGCAAGCCUUCCGAGAAACCGUCUGUCAGCCAGCGCAUCAGCAUCAUGAACCCGUUCAAGCGAUCAAACCACGCGGCCAGCGGUUCGGUCGCCACGGUGCUAGACCUCAAGGCGGAAGAUGCCGACCACGACGCCGAGACGGCUACCAUCAACAGCCGCACCACCGCACACUCGCAAAACACUCACACCAAGCGCCGGAGCUUCUUCGGCGAUACGGUGCACAAGCACGGCUCGUCGGUGUCCAUCGCCACGGGGGCGGGAGCUCCCGCCGAGGAGCUCCAGCCAAGGGACCGGUCGAUCAGUACCUCUCAUUCCCACCACACGGCCGCACAAUCGCAUGACGCCCGCAGCCGCAGUGAUUCUCAGCACCAUGAGCGGCCGCCCACCGCAAGCACCAAAGCCAGCGUGGCUCGAGCAGCGUCGGUCCGGGACCGUCAGCAAUCGGUGCAGUCGCCCGAGCGCGGCAAGGCCAAGGUCGGCUCCCCGAACGGCCACUCCCACAGCCCAUCUCAGACGGGCGGGGUCCGCAAUUCGGUCAUGAAGAGGCUGAGCCUGCUCAAGGGGGUAGGCCGGAAGACCAGCCGUGUGGAGAUCCGGGCGCAGAACAGCAUGGUCGUUCACGAAGAAUAA